GGAAGAGAAGAAAAAGAAUAUUAAGCACGAGGGAGCAAAAAAAAAAAAAAAAAAGGUUCCUAUGAGUUCCCUCGUCUCAGCAGACAUCCUGUGAUGGGCCCACUCGAUCGAUCUCCCACCCGCAAUUUUAAUGCCGUCAGUCCCAUCGCUGCGAGCUCCGUCAGCUUGGAAGAGUUCAGAAGAGAAACUCAUCCAUCCACUCUUGCUAUCACUUCUCAACCAUAUUUCACCCUAUCGCAUAGCCCUAGCCACUUUCCUCAUAUACCGGAGAGUCCAUCCGCCCCCGUGGGGCGGAAGGAGAAGCGUUAAGACGAGAUCCCAUUGCUUGCAAUGGCCGCCGUCGGCUCCAAGGUCAGCCUCUUGGCAAACGUGUGGAAACUUUUGGGGAUUCGGCACGACGUCGACGAUAUCAUCCUAGAGCUUCUCGGUCGUUUCUCUUUGGAAAAGGUCUACUCCGAAUGCGAUCCUCAGACAUAUCAGCGCCUUGUCAUUGCCCUGUUGGCCCGCCUCAAUGCCAUCUACUCCCUUCAACGCCUAUCUUUACCGUCUGAAAGCGAGCAGGCCGGCCAGUAUCUGGGCUUUUUGGCAAGUUGGGAAGUCGUCGUACGCUCUGUCGAAUUCAUCCUGCAAAUAAUAAUCGAAGGGCGGGACAGCUUCUGGGAGGCACGGCCUCUACGAGACAAGUAUCUUGCUGAACUGCUGUGCGUCGCAUUACGAAUAUUGAUUCUACACCCAAAGCCACCUGGGGGCCACCGGGUUAAAGAGCGCAAAGAUCGGUUUGCACGCAUCCACGGCUCGCUAGAAAAAUUAUUCGACAACUAUCCCGAUCCUAAGUCAUUCCUCCUCUGCACCUGCAAAGCCAUCACCGACGUCUUGCGUAACGACCCCAAUGCCCUUCCGCUGCCCUCCAAGUUACGCUCAGAGCUACCCAAUUUGACAACGCAAUUGUACCCCUUGCCGGAAUGUCUAUCACCUGGUUAUGUUUCUACUCUUGUCGAGAACGAAGAGGCUUCGGAGCAAUGGCUGGCCCAGUUUCUUGCCCUCAGGGAUGUAUCACAUUUCGUGGUGGGCGCUUUCAUCCAAUACAUCGUGGAUGAAGAGACCUCCGACGCUGACCUUCAAGCGUCUUGCGCAAACUCUCGGAAUGCAGUUUUAGUUUCGCUGGACAGCUUUCGAAUACCUCAGAGUCUCUCCAAAUUGGAGAUGAUAGAAACCUUUAGUGAAAUUUUCCGGCUCAUUCUACCGGAUACCCCAAAUGUAAGCAUUGAAGAUGCAUCGAAAUUAAUGUUCGACGAAGAGGCAACAGAUGCGAUCCAUGCCUUUUGUCUUUCCCUUAAUGACCGCCAAGUGGUCCACCGUGUGAGCGAUGCUCACUUAAUGAAUGCUAUGGCAAGUAUACUUGACAACGUCGCGCUUUUCGUUGAACCUGGUCCGCGACCUCGAUCGGCCUACCAUAGAGCGUAUGCGUUGAAUUGUCCCUCUUGCCAUUUUGUCGAACAUUUUCAGUUCACAGAUGCAAACAACUUGAAAAUUCCGGACCCAUCUGAAGUCCCAAUGAUCAAGCUUCCGGAAGGCACAAAGUGCGUUCAAUGCGGUGAAGCGGUUACUGUUGCGCGGGAGAUCUCACUCGUUUGGCAGGCCUGGGAUGCCUUAAAACUAGUGGAAUGCAACGCCGACACUAUUGGUGUAGAAAGGCACUUGCCUACUCAGUUUCAGCUCUUACCUAAAGCCGGGACCUGCGUGCCGGCGCAAACGGCCGCCGGUAAUCACGCUGACAUCGGAGUUCCCACUCUGCAUGAACCAAAGCUUCCCGGGCCAUAUACACCUCAUGCAGAAUAUACCGGCUUCUCAAGCGCGGGACCUUCAGAUAAACCCCAUUUUUAUUCUCCUGAUCUCGUAUCUCCAAUCUCCCCUGACCAACGGCACAGAUAUGAUUCGCCACUCAGUGAAUUCGCCAGACCGGAGUUCCAGUCUUCAAUGAAUGACACAAUCCAUAAUAGCAGCCUGCAAAUUUCUCCAAAUGAGAGGGUCUUGAAUAGCCCAGUCGAAGGGACCCUCCCUCCAUUUGGCACAGACUUCUCAACGAACCACAUUGAACGCGCGAACUCAAGGGCAUCGUUUCAACCCAUACCACUUUCACGGACACGUACCAUUUUAACUUCAGAUAAGAAAGGUAAGUGGAUGUCGAAAAGAAGAAAGGAUCCGCCUGCCUCGUCAGUUGGUGAUACGAGCUCCUUAUCUUCUGGGACUCUAGAACGCCAGAAAAUGGAAGAAAUUUCACUCAAGGAUUUGAUCAGUUUAUCCAAAGUGCAUGGGAGAGGCAAGGGGUCAAAAAACAUAAAUGUGUACCUCUCUCAGAAUUCAACGUAUGCUCUUUUCUGGAUGCAACCAUCGAUACACAUUUGGGACGUGGGCAUGUCCCCGCCCACACCCAUCCGAGCAAUCUCAACAGAGAGCUCUUGUCUGAUGGCUGCUGUGACGAAAACAUACUUAGCAUAUGUCAUUGGAACUCGUGACCAAAAACUCACGCUGCGAAUUGUAAAUCUCGUCCAGCCCACGGCAUUGGUGCUUGAGUAUCGUAUGCCGUCGACGUUAUGGUGCCGCAGCAUUGCAAUGAGUCCCAAAGAAAACUAUGUCGUUAUCGGAUUCGAGAACGCCACAGUCCGAUUCUUCAGAACCACCAAUACCGAACAGCCCAGAGAGUUCCGCCUUCAUCCAUAUCACAAACAAUGCAGAGGCUGCCCAUCUGUGGACACGUUGUCUUUCUCUCACGACGGUAUUGUCCUCCUUGCAAGUACGAGAAAUCCAAAGAUGGGUAUGAUCCAGACAUAUAUGUGGUCAUUUCCCUUCUUAGAAUUUCGGGAGCUCGUAAAAUGCCGAUAUUACGUACCUUUGCACGAGUCAGAAGACAACGGAGUGUCGACAGCGCUGUAUCGGCCGUCAAGUUCUCCAGACGAGGAUUUGGUGUGCAUCACCACCUGGACACAGUCCGGCGUUCCCCUCCUCAUACAGCCAGAAAAUGGUCAUAAAGCCGAGAUCAAACCCGAUGGCACAAGGCGCCUUGGUAACCGUAUCCAGUGCGCAGCGUUCUCGCCAUCCGGCAACCAACUAGGCCUUGUUAAUGAUAAAGGUCAAUUGUAUCAACUGUCUAAUCUCAACUCAAGUAUCAUGGAGUGUCGAAAGCUGGCAACGUCAAGGGAGUUGACCUUGAAAUCCGAAUCGUUCGCCAUGUCAUACAUGUCGUUGCAUGAGGAAGAGUCGGUCGUUUUAGCUUGGGUUGAAAUGCCCAAGGGUGUCGCUUAUAUCAAAAAAGUUCCAAUAACUUCCGCUGGUACGGAAUAUCAGAUCUCAACCGCUGGCGACGUUGCUGAUGUACCUUUCUCCGAACUUCCUGGCGAUACAAGCUUGACAACCCCUGAAAAACCAGCCAAAGAGCCCGGCCGCUUGUUAUCACCUGUUUUUCGACAAUACAUGUCCUUCGGCGAGAGUAAACGGUCGCAGAAAAAUGCCGUUGAAAUGCCUGCAAAUGAUAUCCAUGCGACGAAACGAGUCGACUAGAUUUCACGGAGAAAGUCGCCCUUUCGAAACCGUCACGGUUGCCGCCUGCGUUAACUGAGGAGAACAUGUCCAGCUAGGAUCCAACCUUGAGUAUUUAUCUUGGCAUAUCGCAUUUGUCGGUAUCGCCUUCCAAAUAUCAUCCCGGACACUGCUAAUCUGUAGCCUUAUAAGUCAGGCGAAGGCCCUGCUUUAUCAGCGAUCAUCCUCUUUUCCAUCUGAUCGUAAGCCAGGUUCGGGUCUCUUUAUACCACCCGUACCAAAUUAGGGUCCACUGUCCCACAUAAUCUUCAUAUCAUGUAUUACCUUCCUUUUCUUCCUCUAGUACGCCGAAUCGCGUUCCCACUGUUGGUAUGGGGACCACGGAACUCUAUAUAUACCCCCCCUUUUUUUUCCCCAAAAUAAUUUCUCUCCUUUUAAGCUUUCAACAUGUAACGAAUGAGUUGCAGAGAUGGGUGCGGCCAUAUAAAACUUCGUAAAUCCAUGCCGUCGGUUGAACUUAAAUUGCAGCGUUGGCACGUUGUUGAUAUGCGAGGGUCGGAGGGAAAUUCCCAGCCUUUAAUUGGGGGCACAGACAUUGAUUUGUAUCUAUAUUUGGAACGAGACUUUAACGAUGCUACCGAA